AACGCAAAACAGUUACCACCGCGGAGCUGACAAAACAACCCCGCCCCGCCCCGCGUGUAUAGUGUAGCACUAGUAGUCGAGUUGAUCUCUCCUUGUUCGAGCCUGUGCGGCGAGGCGGAAUAAGGACGCAAUAAUGGUGGCCGUGGAGGUGGCGAAGGCAGCGGCGGCGGAGACCCCGAUCCGGGCUGAGCCGGAGGCGGAGGUGAGGGCUGACGCGGCGGUGGCGGUGGCGGAGGCGGAGGAGGAGAAGGAGUACAAGAGCGACAUGAAGAAGCUGGAGGAGCUCAUGUCCAAGCUCAACCCCUGCGCCAAGGAGUUCGUGCCGUCCUCACGCCGCGCGGCGCCGGCGCCCGUGCCCGGGGCAGGGCUCUCUGCCGAUGCGCCCGUGUUCGUGUCCGCAGCCGAUCUCUUCGGCGCCGGGAGGGACUCCAGCAGCGACGGAUCCAGCAACGGCGCCGGCCAGCCGCAGAAUCGACGGAGAAGGAACGGCUCCUUCAACCAGGGGAGGAGAAGGAUGGGAGCCCGGACACGGCAAUCUGAUAGGGAGGAUAGUGUGCGGCGGACUGUUUAUGUCUCUGACAUUGAUCAGCAGGUGACUGAACAGAAGCUGGCUGAGGUGUUCUCUAACUGUGGACAAGUGGUAGAUUGCCGUAUCUGUGGUGAUCCCCAUUCAGUCUUGCGUUUUGCCUUUAUUGAGUUUGCUGAUGAUGCUGGUGCAAGGGCAGCACUAACACUUGGGGGAACCAUGCUUGGUUACUAUCCUGUUAGAGUUUUACCAUCUAAAACAGCGAUUUUACCAGUGAACCCUAAGUUCCUUCCUCAGACGGAAGAUGAGAAAGAAAUGGUCUCAAGGACUGUAUAUUGUACUAACAUAGAUAAGAAGGUUACGGAAGAUGAUGUAAAGAUUUUCUUUCAGCGGCUCUGUGGAAAGGUUUCUCGGCUGAGGCUCCUUGGUGAUUAUGUACACUCCACAUGCAUUGCGUUUGUUGAGUUUACUCAAGCAGAGAGUGCAAUUCUGGCCCUGAACUUCAGUGGUAUGGUCCUUGGCUCGCUCCCAGUCAGGGUGAGCCCUUCAAAGACACCAGUGCGUCCGCGUUCGCCCGGUGCAAUGUGGAACUGAGCCCUGUCUCAUUCGUUUCUUCCGAGGCUAUCAUCAAUGGAGGGCAUCCCAGGUAGAGCUUCUGGCUGGCCAUGGACUUAUCAGAACUCUAGCCUCGCGGAUAGUAAACUGCCGUUCCAAGAGUAUUCCAGUACCUAGUCUAGUAUUUUUUAAAUUGCUAAUGUUCGUCUGCGUGUUCGUCAUAGACCCCUCAUCAGUGGUUUUGGAGAGGGCCCCAAUUCGUUUCUUUCAUUCGAUAUCCUUUUGUCAAUUAUGUCUGGAUUGAACUUAUAACAGCCUUUGCAGGCAGUGGAAGAAUAAUGUGUAUGGGUCGUUGUGUUUAUCA